AUGCAAAACGAUGACAAAAUUUACAUUUCAUAUAAUCAAGUACAUAAGCUUACAAAAGAAGCAGUCGAACGGUAUCGUAUAAAUGAGAAAUAUAAACCAGAUCUUAUGAUUGCUAUAGGUGGAGGUGGGUUCAUACCCGCUCGAAUUCUGCGUACCUUCCUAAAACGUCAGAAUAAUAAGAAUAUUCCAAUCCAGGCAAUAGGCCUCUCUCUUUACGAAGAUCUUGCCACAUCGGAUUCAUCAUCAGAUCCUGAGAUAGUUGGAGCACAAGUGAUAAAAACUCAAUGGCUUCAUUUCGGACCAUCAUAUGCCGAUACUUGUCCAUUACUCGGUAAAAACAUCCUUAUCGUAGAUGAGGUUGAUGAUACUCGCACAACUCUUGCAUAUGCAAUUCAAGAACUACUUAAAGAUAUUGAAGAAGAAAAACGUAAAUUUAUAGAAGCAAAUGCUGCAGGAACACCUGUUCCAGAAACUAAAUUUGCAGUAUUUGUACUUCAUAAUAAAAAGAAGGAAAAACGAAUGGAAUUACCAGAUCCUAGUAUAGUUAAUGAAGGCAGAUAUUUUGCCGCCGAAGAAACACCUGAUAAAUGGUUGGUUUAUCCUUGGGAAGCUAUUGAUAUUGAUGAACACACGAUAAAAAGUUCAUUGCGACAAGAAUGA